UACAAAUGCAUGUAGCAUAUAUUCAGCCUCCAUUCCAGGAAGAGUGAGAUUCAACCUCUUUCAUUUGCAUGAACACCUCUCUCACCGACUCACUGCAGUAAGUAUGCAACAGCAUCGAGGUAAAAGAGAGCAGUGUGAGUUUGAUACAAAAGGCUAUAAUAAUUGGCUUGAAGCCGGUUCACAAGGUUGGCAUUAUGGUGCCGGGGACAAUUAUGCAUCCACGAAUGUCCUAUCAAGAAGCCCACUGAGUAUGACACCUCCAAAUCAACUGCACAGCCAGUUCAGAGGACAAAUUUCUGAAUUGCCGAAUUCAGUGUGCAGCCAGGAGCAGGGAAAGGCUGCACCACCGGCACUGCCUUCUACGAUAGGUGAAUACAUUGUACAUGGAAAUCAAAGAGAUCACGGUGGUAGCUCAAAAGUAAUCUCUACAUACUCUUACCUCGAACCAGAGUUGAGGGAUAAUACGCAAGCGCGUGGGCGGCAAGAGUUGAUAUAUCCCGAUUUACAUCCCACGCCUCACUGUGGGACGACUCUGCCCUUUGUGAUGCCGGAAGAGCCUGUUUAUGUGAAUGCGAAACAGUAUCAUGCGAUUCUGAGGCGAAGACAGCUACGAGCGAAAGCUGAAAUGGAGAACAAAGCAACGAGAGUUAGGAAGCCUUAUCUUCAUGAGUCGCGCCACCUUCACGCCCUGAGACGAGCGCGAGGAUGCGGGGGUCGAUUCAUCAACACAAAGAAGUCCAAUGGUGGUAACCAUGAGGAGGGGAGUAGCACGGGUGACUCUACUCCGGUGCCAUCACCAGAGUCCGAUUACGGAAUUGGCCAACCAGGGAAGAGGCGUGAGCAAUAUUCUCCUCACGACGGUGCAACAUUCUUCCAGUGGGCAUGCCAAUCCAAAUGAAAUAAUAUUAAGUUUUGAAUGGGGAGAAAUUUGUCCAGUAUUAUAUGCAGGUGUGUAAAUUAUUGAGUGAUUUGAUGUGAAAUUUUUGGUUGUGAUGCCAAGCUAGAGAAUAUACAGAGUUGGAUGUAUACAUGACAUAUAUAUAGCUCUCCCUUCCUUUCUAUAGAAGCUGAUG